UCUGUUUGCAGGUUCGUGACGUAGAGAGAGAGACAGGAGGACAGAGGGAGAGAGGGAGAGAGAGAGAGAGGGAGAGGGAGAGAGAGAGAGAGAUUCCGAGAUGGAUUGAUAGACAAAUGCAGAGAGGGCGGAACUUGGAAUUACAGUACAACGCUUAUUCCUCACGUAUUUUGCCAUCUUGUGAUGAUGAUGAUGAUGAUCGCAGGUGCUGGACAUGGGUAAAUCGAGGUCUCAGGCACAAGAGGAGGAAACACAAGGAUACAUUACUUAUCAGAGCUGUGCGCUGCGAUCACACGGGACUUAUUUGUUUGGUUACUGCCAGAGUUUAUUUAUUUUUUAGUUUUGCUGUGCGUAAAAGGCGCAGCAAACUAUCGUCCCCCUCCAAACAGCACUGGAGAUUAGAGGGGGUUUUUCCAGGGGGAGUGAACUGAAAACUUGGGUUUCAAGGUGCUCGCUUGCUGCUUCUGCUUCAUUUUUUAUUUUUAUUUUUUACCUUGCCACGAGAGAGAUGAAGGAAGAUGAUCUUUGAUGGACAUGAAGGUGUCAGGAGCUGGCCGAAUCCCUUCGUAAUUUUUGAGCUUAUUCUCUCUGAAGCCGAUCCAGCUAUUAAGCCCCAGAAAGAGCAGCCAGUUUGAGAAGAAGACUGACAUUUUCAACCCGAGAUCAACCUCCCCCCCUCCCUCCUCACCCCUGCCCUGAAAAACGGGAUGAUUUCUCAAAACUGAUAGACUUGAUUCGUUUGUAAUUCCUGCAUGAGAAGCACCGUGGAACGUGACGGUCACUAUGCCGAGGAGAAAGCAGCAAGAGCCGCGGCGAUCAGCAGCGUACAUGCCCGAGGACGAGCUUAAGGCAGCCCCUCACGAUGAGGAAGAGCACCUGCAGGAUGACGGCCUCUCAUUAGACGGCCAGGACAAUGAGUUCCUGUGCAACGAGGAAGAGGAAGAUGUGGACGGAGGCCAGCCACCUAGCUACAGAGACUCACCACUCAGCAAUGGCACUAAUCCUGACGCCGGAUAUGGGUCUCCACUCAGUGAUGCCAGCGACCGACUCACGGACUUCAAGAGCACCUCCUCCACGGAUGGUCAGGAGAGGGAAGGCGCAGCUUUGCCCUUCCGCCCCAACAACGGCCUCUCUUUCCAGGAUAGCCUGGCGCAGAUGAAAGCCGUCUAUGCAAACCUCAUCUCAGAUGCCUCUUGGUCCAGCAUCACUAUGGACAUCAUGAAAUCUAAGCCCGCUGCGGCGGGCAGCGUCAACAGUGCCCUCACUACUCCGGAGCCCGCCUCUACUGCCUCUGCCUCCACAACCACAACCAUAAACAAGAGCAGUGGGGUCAACAUGGUUAGCAGUCAUCACAAUGGCAGGAGCUCCAGCACCACUGUCAACCACACAGGCGGCGCAAGUGGCAAUACUAAUGGCACAGCAGCCAGCUCUGUUGGCAGCCAUAGUGCAACCAGCAGCAGCGGUGGGAGCAGCAGCGGUGUGGCUAGCAAUGGUAGCGGUGUAGCCUACGACUGGCACCAGGCGGCACUUGCCAAAACUCUUCAGCAGACCCCUUACCACCUUUUGCCAGAGCCCAGCCUCUUCAGCACAGUGCAGCUCUACCGGCAGAACAACAAGCUGUACGGCUCUGUUUUCACCGGUGCGAGCAAGUUUCGCUGCAAAGACUGCAGCGCUGCCUACGACACGCUGGUGGGUCUGACGGUCCACAUGAACGAGACGGGCCAUUAUCGAGACGACAACAAGGACAAAGAGGAGGAUCAGGGGAAGCGCUGGUCCAAACCGCGCAAGCGCUCCCUGAUGGAGAUGGAGGGGAAAGAGGAUGCCCAGAAGGUGCUGAAGUGCAUGUACUGCGGCCACUCGUUUGAGUCUCUGCAAGAUCUCAGCGUUCACAUGAUCAAGACCAAGCAUUACCAGAAAGUGCCUCUCAAAGAACCGGUGCCAGCCUUGGCCACUAAACUGGUGCCCACUUCAGCUAAAAAACGAGCGAUCCAAGACGCUAUAGUCUCCCCAUGCUCCCCGGACUCUCUCCAUGCUGGUAGCGGUGGUGGCGGCGUAUCCCUCGGGGAUGUUGGCAAAGAUACAAAAGCCGUACCUAACCCCUAUGUUACGCCAAACAACCGCUACGGCUACCAGAACGGUGCCAGCUACACAUGGCAGUUUGAAGCUCGUAAAGCCCAGAUCCUCAAAUGCAUGGAGUGCGGGAGCUCCCAUGAUACACUGCAACAGCUGACUGCCCACAUGAUGGUUACAGGUCACUUUUUGAAGGUCACAAAUUCUGCAUCCAAGAAGGGCAAACAGCUGGUCUUUGAUCCAGUGGUGGAAGAGAAGAUUCAGUCUAUCCCACUGCCACCGACCACCACCAGACUCCCUGUCCCCAGUAGUGUUAAGUCCCAGCCUGUGUCCCCCGCCCUCUCCUCCGGCUCAGAGGAAAAGAGGGAGGGAGGUGAGGAUGAAAAGGUGGAUUGUGGUGAGUCAGUGGAGAAAAAAAUUAAGGAGGAGAAAGACGACUCAGGUGAAAAAUCUGAGACUGAUGCCACAUCAUAUAAAUAUCUUAGAGAAGAAGAUCUCGAGGAGACGCCCAAAGAGGGUUUAGAUAUUCUUAAAUCCCUUGAGAACACAGUUUCCAGUGCCAUCAGCAAGGCCCAGACAGGCACGCCCACAUGGGGCGGCUAUCCUAGCAUUCAUGCAGCCUACCAGCUGCAGGGUGCCAUGAAAAGCUCCGCUACUGUUCUGCCCCCAACUGUCCAGAGUGUCCAGAUGCAGCCCAUCUUUAACAGCGGGCUACGAGGCCUGGUGAGUGACCCCAACUCAGUCAUCCACUCGCCUCGAAGCCCGUCCUCCCCCACCCCCCUCAGGAGCAAUGUCACUGCCAUGGAGGAGCUUGUGGAGAAAGUGACAGGGAAAGCUGCCACUGUGAAGAAAGAAAAGGAGGAGAAGAUGGUGAGCCUGGAACGAUGCCGGCCCCCGUCGUUAGUAAAAUCCCCCUCCCCUGCACUGAGAGAGCAGAGGGAGCAAUUGGCAUCUCCAAAUGACCUCUCUAAGCCGUCAGGUAUGAGAAGUAGCAGCCCAGGCAGUGUAGAUUCAGAGCUCAUCUGCAAGAAGGAGCCCAAAGAGAGCCUAGUGGAUGGCCACAACAACCAUUCAAAGAACGGCACUGAGGCCUGUCAGUCCCCUGUAACUAACGGCAACAGUCUUGGCAUCAUCACUGAUCACUCACCAGAAAUUCCUUUCAUCAACCCUCUCAGCGCACUCCAGUCAAUCAUGAACACACACCUGGGUAAGGCCUCCAAACCAGUAAGCCCGGCUGCAGACCCACUGUCCAUGCUUUACAAAAUCAGCAACAGCAUGAUGGAUAAGCCAGCUUUCAACCCACCUCCUCAGGGCAAGCCAGCUGAGCCCAUCAACCACUAUCAGUUGUACGAAAGCAGUGACCAGCCCAUAGACCUGAGUAAAAAUAAAUCCUCCAAUAACAGCAACAACAACAAUAACAACGGCAGCAGUGCGCUCCUGACCAACAAUAGUGUAAAUGGUAACAAACCCCUCAUUUCCCUCCCUGACUCAGUCUCUUCUCCCCUGAGAGAGAACGCUCUGAUGGACAUUUCAGAUAUGGUAAAGAACCUCACUGGCAGACUGACGCCCAAAUCCUCAACCCCUUCCUCCAUUUCAGAGAAGUCGGACGCCGAUGGCAGCGCAUUUGAGGACGCCCUCGAGGACCUCUCCCCAGUGCAGAAGAGGAAAGGGAGGCAGUCCAACUGGAAUCCCCAGCACCUCCUCAUCCUCCAGGCACAGUUUGCCUCCAGCCUGAGGGAGACCCCAGAGGGCCGCUACGCCAUGACCGACCUGGGCCCUCAGGAAAGGGUCCACAUCUGUAAGUUCACAGGCCUCUCCAUGACCACGAUAUCCCACUGGCUGGCUAAUGUCAAGUACCAGCUGAGACGGACUGGGGGCACCAAGUUUCUCAAGAACAUGGACUCGUGCCAGCCUGUGUUCCUCUGUGGUGACUGUGCCUCCCAGUUCAGGACUCCCUCCUCCUACAUCAGCCACCUGGAGUCUCACCUGGGCUUCAGCUUGAAGGACCUGUCCAAACUGUCAGCUGAGCACCUACGGGAGCAGCAGGCUGCCUCAAAGGUGAUCACAGACAAAAUGACAUUCGGCAGCCCCCUGUCAGCCUUGACCACGCCAGAGGACGACACAGGCUCUGUGUACCAGUGCAGACUUUGCAAUCGGACAUUCGUCAGCAAACACGCAGUCAAACUGCACCUCAGCAAGACCCACGGCAAGUCUCCAGAGGACCACCUGGUGUUUGUCACUGCUCUGGAGAAACUGGAGAAGCUAGACAAGAUGGAGAAGGUGUAAGCGGGGUCUCGAGCUGAGGGUAGAGACUGACAGCUGUGGAACUGACUAGAAUUUCAUUGCACUAAAAUGACGUUGUUCACAGUUACUGCACUGGGCCGAACUGAGCCGCCAGAAAAAAAAUCAGUCUUAUAGUUUUUUGUUGUGAUAACUGCCUGACUGGACCAUGUCUUUUCAUGUUGAUUUGUUUUUGUUUUGCCAAGCUUUUUUACACUUAUUUUGUAAUAUAUUUAUAUGCUAUUUGUCUGAUCUGUGCAUGUAUUUUAGUGAAUCAAGGUUAAACACAAGAUUUUAAUCUUUUCAUGGCAAAAAUACAACUACUGCUUCAAUGGUAAAAGUGGUGAGUGGAGAGAAUUGGUGGAAGAGAAAACUGUAUAAUACUUGAUAUGAAGAAGGUGAAAAUUAAAUGUAUACACCAAAAGAAUGAAAGAAUACCCUGAAAGACUGAAGUAGCACCUUAGACAGCUGAAUUUUCUGAAUUUGUAAAGAGAACAUGUUUUGAAAUAUCUUGCAUUUGUCAAAAUCAGAUUGAUUUUAAAAGAUCAAGGAUUAUCAUUUCUCCACCCCCCCCCCCCCCCCCCCCCCCCCCCCCUUCUUGUUUUUUGGGUUCCUGUCACUGCAAUGUUUUUGAUGAUGAAUGGCCUGCUCAUAAAUCUGUCAGUGUAUUAGAAAAAAAGAUCACGUGAACAUUUGGAAAAACUGAAAUGCUGCUUUUGGGUACGAGUCAAUCAGUGAAAAUGAAUGGCCGUCAGUAUGCAAGUUUGCUCAAAAAACUUUUCCUUGUUGUGAAGUAUCACCUUAUAGCAAUUUUCCAGUUGUAUGGUUUGUUACAACUUUCUCUUUCUAAAUUGUGUCGCUUUAUUCAACUGUAAAGAGAAAAGUCUGUUACAUGUAAAUGAUUACCAGUGAAAUGUCAGUACUCCAUAAGACAUAUCUUACCAUUUGAAACGGCUCAACAUUCUUUGUAUCUUAAGGUGUGUGCAUUCUCUAACUUUUAUAUUGUCAUUUUAUAUACAAAAAUGAUAAAAAAAUAAAAACAGAUGGUGUAUAUAGAUAUAUGCUGUAGAGCUACAAAAUGUCCUUUUUUAAAGAAAAUACAAAUUUAGCUUCUUUGGCUUGGUUUACAGAAAUGAUUUUAAUUAUACUUGCAUCCAAUUUGAUGCAUGAAAUGGUGUGGAAAAUAAAUAAGCGAUGCACAAUGACUAUACAUUUCAAUGUUUUAUCGACAAUAUUGUAAAAAAAAAAACAAAAAAAAAAACUUUUUAGCACCGAUUAGUUUGUUUCAUUUCUUUCUCAAUUGUAAAAUAAACCCCAAAGCAGUUGUUAACAGUCA